CUACAGAUUUCAGAAUAUUCAUCAGAUGAUGAAAAUCUGGAAGAAAGCAAUGUAGAAACAGACACUACUAAUUUAGAAUAUCCUAAAAAGUUCCAGUUCAGUUUUGGAGUAGGGUUUGAAACAAAUCCAGGAAGAUCAGCAACCGACUGGUUAAAAUCUGCUCAGACCUUUCUGCAAACACCUAAGAAAAAGACAGAAAAGAGUUUGAAGACUCCAGAAGAUUCUGCAAAAAAAAGAAAAUUGCUGAGAGGAAGGCUAGCAGAAAGAUUGAAUAGACUUCAAAAUAGAAAGAGAUCCGCAGUAAACUUUUGGAGGCAUCAGUGUACCUCUCACUAUGAAACACUUUCAGGUGGCAAACUUGGUGUAUUAAUUGUGAAGAUCUUAGAAAUGCAUGAAGAAUGCACUCUUUGCAUAGCUAUCUGUCAUCAACUGGGACAAAUUUGUGCUGAUGGCUCUAUCACAAAAGGACUUGUUGAAAUUCAGCCGAGACUUAAAGUUCUUUUUGCAAAAGAAACAACAGCUCAUCUGAAGGCAGUACCACGGGAUGUCAUAUAUAUCCAUCCUCCUUGGCAAAAACUCUUUCUCCAGAAUGAAAGUAUUCCAGUUAUCUUGAAUACAUAUUUCAGUCAAAAGGUCAUUCUUAAAGAAUCAACAGAUAUAUCAACAGAUAUGGACAGGUCCCAUUUGAAAGAACCAUUGCUUGCUAAAAGGAAUGCAUCUUUAGCCUGGAUAUUUAAUUUAUCUGAUAUAAAAGACAAUUGGUCUUCAACACCUGCAGUUAAUCAGGUUACCUGUUCCAGUAAGAAGACUUCUAAAAAUACAGAAAGUUGUUUCAAUAUUGAGCCCAAUGUAUCAGUUAUUUCCUUGAGUGAGUCUCUUCUUGAUGUUGUGGAGAUGCAAGGAACAGUUGAAGGCACUGCACUCCAAGUCCACGUGGUUAUUCAGAGAGUUUAUUACUUGGUUGCUGAAGAUGGUUUCAGAUGUCAUCCUCAUGGAAAUAACCCUCCCCAGAACAUGGCACCAUUGUUAAAAUCAGACCUGCAAAAUUUAAGGUUGUGUCUCCUCGUUCAGGACAUCUAUGGAAUAUUUAGUGAAAUACAGCUUCCAGUUCUAUUUUCCUCUUCACAAGUGAUAGAACAAUACAGCAAAAAAUGGGAGGGAAAAUACUGUCAUGUUUCUGGACUGAAAAUUUUGCGAAGAGUCACCAGGGGAAGAACUCUAGAACUUUUUAGUAUAAUUGACAGUCUGUGGCCACCACUAUCACCUCUUCAAGUCCCAGGCAAGAGACAAGGAAAUGAAAUGCAAAUUACUGCUAACCAGCUUCCUCCUAGUUUCUGUUACAUUCUUGCUGCUCACCCUGAUUACAUUGAUGCAGAUGAAAGAGAACAAAUUUCAAAUUUAUAUUUUCCCCCAGCUGUUCAUAAUCUCAAGGAAAUUUACCAGAUGAGUGAUUUACCUCAGCGUUGCAGUUUUUGGGCAUAUGUUGUAUAUCGAAGACUGCAGGGAAUAGGUAGCACUUCUCCAGCCCAAAGGCAAUUUUGGCUAUUUGUCACUGAUUUUUCGCUGCAAAGAGAGUCUGAGAUCAGUUCUGGAACACCCAAAACUCUACCUGUCUCAGUUGCUUCAUCAUGUGUGAUUGAUGUGGAAGUAAUGGAAGCACUCAAGAGCACUUCCCCCUGUAUUGUUUUCUUCAAGGAUGCUAUGUGUGGAAAUGGUAAAAUUAUUUGCAUUGAACGUACCGUUCUCUUGCUACACAAGCCCCUUUUGUGUAGGGCUGCUGGUGCUGACAUCACUGAACUGACUGGUCCUGUCAAACUAGAUGAUCUGGAUUCUACUACUCCGAUCAAUUCCAUUUGUACUGUAAGAGGUACUGUAGUUGGCGUUAAUGAGAAAACUGCCUUCUCUUGGCCUACAUGUAACAGAUGUGGCAAUGGAAAAGUAGAACAACAUCCACAAGACAAACGAUCGCUUUACUGCGGCCAUUGCUGUGAAGCUAUAACUUCACCAGUUUUCAAGAUGCAUCUGGAAGUCUUUUUGAAUUGCCAGUCCCAACCAAAUUCCACAGUAAAAGUCAAGCUAUUACAGAAGUCUAUUUCUUCACUUCUAGACUCAUCAACCAUGGAUGAUGGGAGUUAUGAAGUAACGAGUGUGCUGAGGAAGGAGGUGGGGUUUUUAAAUUGUUAUGUCCAGUCUAUAACCAGCCACCCAUCUAGUUGGAUUGGAUUGGAAGAAAUUGUACUCCCUGAUGCCUGAAAGAACUAAAGGGAAUAUUGUCUUCUGCUCUGUCUGUGAUCUUCGUAACCUACUUGUUUGUAACUGUACUCAGUUCUUCAGUGCUGCUUUUGAAAUGAAACUAUUGUGCCUUAUUAUUAUUAUUUUUUGAACACUCACAUUAGGCAUAGUGAGGUAACAGUAACCAUGCACAAGUCUCAGUGCAGUGAGAGGAGUUAAAUGCACAUUCUUAAAUCUUUUUCUCAUGAAAUUAAUGGAACUCACAUACACAGAUGUCUGCUCCUUCAUAAAUAAUAUUCAAGCACUCAGAGGAAACAUAUUUUUCCAGCAGUAUUUGUUCUGGAAGUUAUAUUUUUUAAUGAGUUUCAGGGGCUGAAAUAUUUUUGACUAACUAAAUGUUAAAUGUGAGUUUCUGAAGUAGUUUUUUAAAUUAACUUCAAAGCAAUCUAGUUGAGAAUGUGUGUGUGUGUGUGUGUACACACACACACACA